GGAGCCUCCGUAGGUCUGCGCGCUGGUUCGCGCUGUUGCCCUCUGCAACCACCACCAAGAAGCCCCCUAGGACCGCCUGGGUGGGCACCUUCCACUCCUCCCCGGGACUGGCCGGACACGUGGGAGGUGCCAGGGCAGCGCUUCCCGGGGAGGUUCUGGGGGUGGCGGUGUGGUGUGACCUCUGGCCUCCUCGCCAGUCCCCAGGUCGGCCGGCAUGAGCUCUGGGGCCGCCCAGCGGCUGCAGACACUCCAGCGACACGUGGGCUCCCAGGAGGCACUGCCUCCUACCAAGGGGUGUGGACACAAGGUCUGCCCCACAAGCGCAUCCCUGCCCAUCUCGUGGCCCAGGGCAGAGGCAUGGAGCCGGGCAGCAGCCCGCUGACCACACACGUGCUGGACACUGCCUCAGGGCUCCCGGCCCAAGGCCUCUACCUCCGUCUGUCCAGGCUCGAGGACCGUGGCCAGCAGUGGACCGAGCUGAAAAAAAGUUGCACAGAUCAUGACGGCCGCUGCCCUGGGCUCCUCCCUCCAGGCCAGAUGAAGGCGGGCACCUACAAGCUGUCCUUUGACACCGAGGGCUACUGGCAGAAGAGGGGCCAGGAGAGCUUCUACCCAUACGUGGAGGUCGUUUUCACCAUCACAAACGAGACUCACAAGUUCCACGUGCCACUGCUGCUGAGCCCGUGGUCUUACACCACAUACCGAGGGAGCUAGCGGCCAACCGGCAGCCAGCCUGUGGGCGUGGACACGGCGCCACGGCAGACCGGGCCACCCCCGAGCAGCAGGGCGGGCAAGCUCCUGAUGGGCACCAGGGUCACACUUUCCCUGGGACGUUCUGGCCCCAUGUCGCAGGGCCAGGUGUCACUCAGGCUUCAAUAAAGUUGCUGCUGACAUCUGCAA